AUGGCUUCACAAAAUUCUAGUUCUACCGUUGAGGCGAGACUUGCGGCCGUGGAGAAGCUAGCACAGCGAGCCUACGAUCGAGGAGAGGUAGAGAACGUGUUCAGCAAGUAUAUGCAUCUUCACAACGUGUUCCAAGACGAACAGAUCAAGUCGCUGUGGGUCAAGCGAGGUACCCCUGGAGUCCACGCUCAGUAUACCAACGUCGGAGUGUACACCGACUACGACAGCAUUAUGGCCUACCAUAGCGGUCGACCGUCGCCUCCCGGAAAACUGAUUCUACACGAAACUACUACCCCAUUAAUCGAGGUUGCAGGCGACGGCGAAACUGCCAAGGGGUUUUGGCUAAUGGCCGGAGUUGAAAGUGGCCUAGCUGACCCCAAGAACGUGGGGACCAUGCCCGAGUUUCUCUACGAACCCGAAGACAAGAAUGUCGACGGGAAGCGAGUCUGGACUCACUGGGUCUGGUGCCACUAUGCCUUGGACUUUCUAAAACAGGAUGGACAGUGGAAGAUCUGGCAUUUCCGUUGUCUCGAAGUGACUCGUGCACCAUUUAGUGAGAACUGGAUCACGUUUGCCAAGAAGAACCAGUUGGCGUUUGAUAAGGACCUUGCGUACUUUGGAAACGACGGCAAAGCUGUCUUUAUGCCGACGCCUGAUGCCAAGCCAGAAAAGGUCAGUUAUGCGAAUCAUUUGGGAUAUGUACCGGACUAA